CAGCACGCAGGCACGCACAGAAGCUUCUUCCGGCUCCGGUCUCCUCGUUGGGAAUACCGGAAGUGGCCGGCGCGCGGUUUUCCGGUGCGGCGGAGAAAUGGCGGUGGUCCCUGUGCUGCGGUCUCUGGCGCAGGUUCUCUCAAGGCACAGCUUCCUGUCUCCUUUGUGCAGUGUGACAUCCUUCAAAUGCUUCUACAGAGGUGACAGUCCAACAGAUUCUCAAAAAGACAUGCUUGAAAUCCCCUUGCCUCCGUGGCAGGAGAGAACAGAUGAAUCCAUAGAAACCAAGCGAGCACGCCUCCUCUAUGAGAGCAGGAAGAGGGGAAUGUUGGAGAACUGCAUCCUCCUCAGCCUCUUUGCUAAAGAACAUCUGCACCGCAUGACAGAGAAGCAGCUGAAUCUAUAUGAUCGCCUGAUUAAUGAGCCCAGUAAUGACUGGGAUAUUUACUACUGGGCCACAGGUACUGGCCACGAAAAGCAGUAUACUGUGAAAAAGCCAAGCCGGCCCCGGAGAUAUUUGAGAAUGAAGUCAUGGCCCUGCUGAGGGACUUUGCGAAGAAUAGGAACAGGGAACAGCGGCUGCGCGCCCCGGAUCUAGAGUACCUGUUUGAAGAGCAGCGCUGAGCUGGGUGCUGCUGCCAGCACAGGGCUCAGCCGGGGGCGACAGCAUGUGCCCCUGUCAGUAGGCACUCACUGGACAGUCGCCAUUGUUACCGUGCUCCCAGGCCACCCAGUAUGUUUUGCCUGGCUGCCAUGUGCAGGCUAGCCACAAGAGGGCACUGUGGCUCUAUUCAUGUGGGCCUACAAGAGAUGACCUGGGCCACCCUGCUGCCUGAAGAGCCCCUACCACCUGCCCCCUCUCCUGCUUUGCUAAAGUGACCCCCCCUUCCAGCCUGCUGUGUCCUCACUCCCAAGAAUGCUGACCCAAGUCUACCCACUCAAAGGCAAGCCUGAUAGAGCAGGGCAGUAUGAUGGAUGGCUCAUGGACGGACGAACCCCAUUCCACACUUCCUCUAGUGCAUACUGUGUAACUGAGAGCAAGCCGAGCAGUAAAGGAUGAGGCACGGGCAGUGUCCUGACCUCAUGGGGA